CGAGCGCCGGGGCGGCUCGACCGACCGCCCUCGUUCCCUCCUUCUCUCCCUCCCUCUCUCUCUUCCCGUCCCCUCUGCCCGGCCCGGCAGGGGCUGCCGGCGGGGGCCGCCCCGUUCCCGUGGCAACGCCCGUUCCCGGGCGGCGGCCAUGGGCGGCUGGGCCGCGGCGCCAUGGCGGCUUGGUGGCUGCAGCGGGCGCGGCGGCCUCCGCGGCGCUGCGCGGCGGUGGGGCAGCUCCCGCCCCGGCGCUGGGGACCGGGCGGCGAGCCUGAGCGACCUCCUGCAGAGCUCGGUGGAGGCCGAGGAGCCGGGCGCGGCGGCGGCGGCGGCGAGGCGGGAGCGGCGAUGCCCCCGGGAGGGCACGGUGCUGCUCUUCCCCGGGCAGGGCAGCCAGUUCGUGGGGAUGUGCCGCGGGCUGCAGCAGUACCCCGCCGUGCGGGACAUGUACCGCCUGGCCGAGAAGGUGCUGGGCUACGACCUGCUCUCCCUCUGCCUGGAGGGGCCGCGGGACGCGCUGGACCGCACCCAGCACUGCCAGCCCGCCGUGUUCGUCGCCUCCCUGGCCGCCGUGGAGAAGCUCAACCACCUGCAGCCUGAAGUGAGCGGCCGCGUUGGGCGCGGGGGCCGGGCCGGGGUCGGGCGGCGGCGCCUCGGGCCUGCCCGCGCUGCGGCUGAGGCGCCGCUCGGCUCUGUGUCCCCGCAGGUCGUGGAGCGCUGCGUGGCGGCCGCCGGCUACAGCGUGGGGGAGUUCGCGGCGCUGGUCUUCGCCGGAGCCCUGGACUUCGCCGAAGCGCUGUACGCGGUGAAAGUGCGCGCCGAAGCCAUGCAAAAGGCGUCGGAAGCUGUCCCCAGUGGAAUGCUCUCGGUUGUCGGCCGGCGAGAGGCAAAUUACAAAUUUGCCUGCCUGGAAGCCCGUAAACACUGUGAAUCGCUGGGUAUAGAGAACCCCGUGUGCACAGUUUCAAACUAUUUGUUUCCAGACAGCAGAGUCAUUGCAGGACACUUACAGGCUUUGGAGUUUUUGCAGGAGAAUGCCCGAAAAUACUAUUUUAAACGUACAAAAAUGCUUCCAGUCAGUGGGGCUUUUCAUACCAGACUUAUGGAACCAGCAGUAGAACCACUGGCUGAAGUCCUAAAAUCGAUUGAAAUUCAGAAACCACUGUUCUGUGUGUAUUCCAAUGUUGAUGGCAAAAAGUACAUGCACUCAAAGCACAUUGAGAAGCUGUUAGUGAAGCAGGUGGUGUCACCUGUUCUGUGGGAGCAGACCAUGCACUCAGUGUAUGAAAGAAAGCAAGGAACAGAAUUUCCUUACACGUAUGAAGUGGGGCCCGGGAAUCAACUAGGAGCCAUUCUCAAACAAUGUAAUUUAAAGGCCUGGAAACAAUAUAAACAUGUAGAUGCUCUGGAAGAUGAGGAAGCAGUGGAGACUUAAAUAAGCUUUUGAGAAAAAUCCACACAACUUGGGUUUUUUUCUGAUUUAAAACUUUGUGCUCCCAAAAGAAGAAGUCUUAAAAACAUUCAUGGCUUCUCACGAUGUAAAGAGCACUACGUUUGUGAUUGCAAUGAACAUUUUCUUUUAAGUUUCUCAGGUGUGGAAAGGGGAGAGCAAAGUUUGGCUCUUCCAUCUGUGUCGGGACUGCAAAGCUGUCAACAAAGAGGCCAAGUGGUGUUGUUUGGCCUCAAUCCUCAAUCCUGCAAGCAACUUUCCCUCUUGAGGUUCUUUCUGGUUUUUUUUUUCUUUUGGUUGAUUGGUUGUUUUCUGGGGGAGUUUUUUGGGUGUGGAUUCAGGUUCUAGUUGGUAGCCUUGGCUGUCUGGUGCAGGGAUCUUCAGGAAUGCAGGGGUUGUUGGCUCCAAGUUGUGUCGGGUUCUGCUCUGGGCUGGAGGGUGCAUUUAGAGGAGCCAUUUGUUGGAACAGCUUUCAGUGUGUUGAUGUUCCUCUUUUCUUAUUCAAUUGACUUGUGGGGUGUUCAUCUAUGUAAAGUUCUCUUACUUUGUGUUCACAUUGCCAGGUAGCAGCUGAGUGAGGCCGAUGAUGUUACUAGAAAAAUUAUUUUCUCAAGGUUAAACUAUAAAUAAACUAUGAAGCUUUUCUUGCUAUU